AUGGAGUGGACGUCAUCAGAACUGGUCCUCGGGGUGCGUCUUGGAAAGGUCACUAUCUACUGUGCAGAUGCAAUUGCUUUGGUCCAUGGACCCACUUCCAAGUGCAGCAAAAGUACUAUUUACUCAACCACAGGAGAAGUUGCAGGCCGGGCUCUUCACUUCACAACGAACAAGGACGAACACCGACAAAGGCGCAAAGUCUGGGACCGUGCGUUCAAUGCUAAAGCCCUCCGCGAGUACGAGCCUCGUUUGAACCGGCAUGCACUUGCUCUCAUAUCGAGACUCAAAGGGCAAGCCACAUUUCCCUCAGUGCGAAUUACAAACUGGGUAAACUUCUACAGCUUUGAUGUAAUGGGCGAUAUCGGCUUCAACCGCAGCUUUGGCAUGGUGGAGUCGGGUGAAGAAGCUCAUGUCAUUAAGCUGUUGCACGAUAGUCAGGCACCAUUAAGUGUCCUUGCACAUAUUAGUUGGGCUGUGCGCCUCGUCGCACGAACACCAAUUGGAUCCCAGCCUCUCUUUGAGCACAUGGACUGGAGCGCUAAAGUUCUUGAAGAGCGAAAGAAGAAUACUCCUAAAGAGAAAGACGUCUUCUCUUGUUUGCUAAACCCGAAUGAGGACCAGAUAACCCCUGAAAUGAACGCUGACUCACGACUUCUUAUCAUAGCUGGCAGUGAUACUGUCUCUGCGACGCUAUCUUACCUGUUGUAUGAGUUGUGCAGGAAUCUCACAGUUCAAGCCAAACUUCGCGCUGCUAUUGAUACGGUUAAACCGGAGAAAGCGCAUCUCGACGUCGAAGAUGUUGCGGAAUGUGCAUGUUUAGAUGGGGUUAUCAACGAGACUUUACGCCUACACCCUGCUACUCCAUCUGGCCCUCAGCGUGAGACACCGCCCGAAGGUCUCACUCUACCCGACAGCACGUACAUACCUGGCAAGGUCAACGUCUGGAUUCCUAUCUAUAGUUUGCAACGCGAUCCACGCUACUGGAUGGAUCCUCUUUCCUUCAUGCCUGAGCGAUGGACCGAUGAGAGGCCCGGUGCCACAAUUGAGAAACGUGCUUUUCUACCCUUCCUUACUGGACCUUACAACUGCAUCGGCCAGAAGCUGGCCAUGAUGGAGUUACGUAGUGUUACGGCUAAUUUGGUUCGAUCAUUCGAAAUCACCUUUGCGGAUGGUGAAAAUGGAAGCACUAUCGAGAACAAGAGUCGAGACUGCUUUACGAUGACUGUAGGAAAGUUGGAUGUCAGACUCAAGCCACGGUAUGAAGAUUAG